AUGGAAGAAAAGGGCCAAUCAAAAAAUAAGCGAGUAAUGGAGUCUCCUUACGACAUUGAAUUGUAUUACUCCUUUGUAGCUAAGGAAUCGCUAGACGAAGAGAAGAGUACCUCGCUGUUGAAAUCCUUAUUGGGGGUUAUUAACACAGAUGAGUCUCUCAAGUCGUUCACAUUCAACCACGACCAAAUUGUAGACCACCUGGAACGUGACUCACUACAGGCUGUAAUAAUUAUCCGGACUACACAGUAUGAACAAUUUUAUAAGCAUGUUCCCCUCAUAGCCGCUUUGCACAAAAUUGACUUCGUUCUGAUUGAACAGCAUUAUGUGAACACACUGGAUUUUACCAAAUUACCGAAGACUAGCCUCAUCGGAAUCCUACCGCUGCAGGAUUCGGAUCAGUUACCUCCGGGGCUUUCCGAGAAAGUGCAAAGCUUAGUGUCGGUAGUGCACACCUACCGUUUGGAGGUAACCCUCCCCUACUUGUUUGGCCACCCAAACUACAUUAACACGAGGUUUAAAGUCGAAGAGGUAAAGGGAAAGCCCUACGCGAAACAUCUGUCCCGUAAGGAGAGAAAGGCCUUACGGAAGUCGAUACGAAAAAGUAACAUAUAA